CUUCCUCCCGGAACACAAAGCCUUCUACCCACUGGGACAGGUCACCCCCACACACAUCCUCAAGGACCUUCUUGAGAGUUCUUCCUAAGAAAAGAUGUUGCCUGAAGCCUGGCUGCCCUGGGCCUGCCUCCUUCUCCUGGCCUUGCCCUCCGAGCCCUGCCCCACCGGCUGUGACUGCUUCAACCGCCAGGUCUUCUGUGCCGACGAGGCUCUGACAGCCAUCCCACCCACCUUCCCACCCUACACCACUGAUGUCAUCUUCGUGGAGACCUCCUUUAGCACUGUGCCCACCAGGUCCUUCAGCGGCAACCCCUACCUGGCCAAGGUGGUCUUCCUCAACACCCAGCUCUCUCAUCUCGGGCCCGAUGCCUUUGGGGAGCUGCCCCUGUUGAAGGACCUGGAGAUCUCGGGCAAUUCCUUCUUCAACCUCAGCGCUGCCCCCUUCUCCAGCCUGAACUCACUGGUCAAGUUCACCCUCACCUUCAACUCGCUGCAGACACUGCCUGAAGACCUUUUCCAUCAGAUGGAAGCCCUGGAGGCCCUCUAUCUGCAGGGCAACCAGCUCCAAACUCUGCCCACCCAUCUCUUUCAGCCCCUGGCGCGGCUCAAGACCCUCAAUCUGGCUCAAAACCUUCUGAUGCAGCUUCCAGGGGAGCUGUUCAUGCCCCUGGGCAGCCUCCAGAGCCUGCAGCUGAGCCAUAAUUUGCUGAGCAGGCUGCCCCAGGGUGCCUUCAGCCAGCUGGGCAGCCUUCGUGAGCUCUUCCUGGACAGCAAUGGGCUCUCCGAGCUGCCUUCUGGGCUCUUUGCUCAGCUCCUGAGCCUAGAGAGACUGUGGCUGCAUCACAAUGCCCUAAGUCAUAUUCUGCCCUCCACCUUCUCCUCUCUUGCCAACCUCACCCACCUAAGCCUACUGGACAACAAACUGCAGACACUGCCAGAGGGGCUCUUUGCCCACUCCCCGCACCUCGUGGCCCUGUCCUUGUCCCACAACCAGUUGCAGAACAUCCCCCCGGGAGCCUUUGCCAACCUGUCUAAUCUUACCUCCCUCACACUCUCAUACAAUGCCCUCACCCACCUCCCCGCCACCGUCUUCUCAGAUCUGACAGAACUGACCAGGCUUUACCUGGGCAAUAACAACCUCACAGCCUUGCACCCCACUCUCUUCCGGAAUCUGUCCAAGUUGGAGCUGCUCAGCCUGUCCAAGAACCACCUGACCACGCUCCCCGAAGGCAUCUUGGACAACAACUACAACCUGCUCAACCUGGUCCUACAUGGGAACCCCUGGCAGUGCGACUGCCACCUGACCUACCUCUUCAGAUGGCUACAGCAAUUCAGUGACCGGAUCCUCAACCUCCAGACUUUCUGUGCCGGCCCUGCCUACCUCAAGGGCCAGCUGGUUCCUGACCUGAACAAAGAGCAGCUGCUGUGCCCUGUUACCCGGGACCGGUUAGGCUUUCAGGCCCCAGGGCCAGAUGACAUGGAGGUGGGGGACGGCUGGGAUCAGGUGGCUGCAGAAAGGGCCACCCAGAGCAGCUGUACUUACAGCAAUCCCGAUGGCACCAUGGUUCUGGGCUGCGACAAGGUGCAAUGCCGCUGGCUGAGUAUGCACCUGUCCGCCCGUGAGGGGGCCACCCCAGGAUUGCCCUACAAUGCUAGUCGGGUGUGGGAUUUGAUGUCAGCCUGCGGUAAUAUGAGGGUCACCGUGUCUAUUGAGGCCCGGGCAGGGGGACCCUAGUGCAUGGCAAAUAGCCUGGAGCUGGGCAGACAGCUUUGGGGAAUCUGAUGGUACAAAAAGGGGUGGGGUGGGUAGGAAAAGCAUGCUGGAGAACUUGGGAUGUGA